UGGAAUCUGGAGACUGAAUGAAGAAUCCGCACUCCCAACACUAUCCUGCCAGAGAGUAGCGGUUCGUCUCCGGAAAUGGAUGUGGAAUAGUGAUUAUUAGUUUGUGUAGUUACAAUUAAAUGAACUAAUAACACGAGGACAGUUGAAGCUCGGAACAACUGACUACAAAGGACAACAAUACACAACGACCCGCAGUGCUCCAGACUGAGUGGAGCCAGCAACUUGUGAGACGUUCCAGAGCCGCAGCACGACCACCACGGCCGGUGGAGUAGAACACUAACUUUGCACUGGUUGGAGAAGUCAGUCCACAGAGGAGCUGGGACUUCUUGUAAGGAGUGUGUCUUCCUCAUUUCUUAGCCUGUCGUCUUCCUCCAGUAAGACCUGCUGCAGUGUGUCAGUUCUACAGAAGUCCUGAUCUCAGCUCCUGCAGCCUGCAUCCCCUCCCUCCAUCAGUGGUGGUGACCCAACUCCGGACAGCUUGCUACAGGGCCCUUCCUGAGCAGCAGCAGCUGCGUCCUGCUUGCUCACUCCCCUCCCUCCCCUGCUUCCUGUCCUUGGUCAGACAAGGCGAAAGCCUCCUCUCCCCUACCCCACCCCUCAUCUCAGUUGGCCUCUCAUACUUUCGUAGACACACAGUCACAUUCACACACACUUAAGUGGUUUCUCUUGUUGACCACACAGCCCAACACUGUUUUAGGCUACGAACACUAGCUGGAGAUCAGCAGGGGACUUUUAGACCCCCUUGGUCUCCCUGGAGUGAGGAGCCAUCACAGAAAUCCUCCCUUUUACCUACUCUGCAGCAUCCAGCAUGACCUCAAUGUCCAGUCUUUUCUCCUUCACAAGCCCAGCAGUCAAACGCCUGCUCGGCUGGAAGCAGGGAGAUGAGGAGGAGAAAUGGGCAGAAAAGGCAGUGGAUGCCCUUGUGAAAAAGCUCAAGAAGAAGAAAGGUGCCAUGGAGGACCUGGAGAAAGCACUAAGCUGCCCUGGGCAGCCCAGCAAGUGUGUUACCAUUCCAAGAUCACUGGACGGCCGGCUACAGGUUUCCCACAGGAAAGGUCUGCCUCAUGUAAUCUACUGCAGAGUGUGGCGCUGGCCAGACCUCCAGUCCCACCACGAGCUCAAGCCCCUGGAGGUGUGCGAGUACCCGUUUGGCUCCAAACAGAAGGAGGUCUGCAUCAACCCAUAUCACUACAAGCGAGUGGAGAGUCCUGUGCUCCCUCCUGUCCUGGUACCGCGGCACAGCGAGUUCAACCCCCAGCACAGCUUGCUGGUACAGUUCCGAAAUCUCACCCACAACGAGCCGCACAUGCCCCUGAAUGCCACCUUUCCAGAGUCCUUCCAGCAGCCGCACAGUGGGGGCGGUAGCAGCAGCGGGGGUGGUGGUGGUGGUGGCGGCGGCGGAGGAGGAGGUGGAGGCGGUUCUUUUCCCAUCUCUCCCAACUCUCCGUAUCCCCCGUCUCCAGCCAGCAGUGGUACUUAUCCAAACUCUCCUGCCAGCUCGGGGCCUUCCAGUCCAUUCCAGCUUCCAGCUGACACCCCACCCCCAGCCUACAUGCCCCCUGACGAGCAGCUGGGCCAGGAGAGCCAGUCCAUGGAAACAAGCAGCAGCCUGGUGCCACAGAACAUGGCCAGGGGAGAUGUGCAACCAGUGGAGUACGAGGAGCCGAGCCACUGGUGCUCUAUUGUCUACUAUGAACUCAACAAUCGUGUAGGUGAAGCUUACCACGCCUCGUCAACCAGCGUGCUGGUGGACGGCUUCACCGACCCUUCAAACAACAAGAACCGCUUCUGCCUCGGAUUGCUGUCCAACGUCAACCGCAACUCGACUAUCGAGAACACCCGCAGACACAUCGGCAAAGGAGUGCACCUGUACUACGUGGGAGGGGAAGUGUACGCAGAGUGCCUCAGUGACACCAGCAUUUUUGUCCAGAGCCGUAACUGUAAUUACCACCAUGGCUUCCACCCCACCACUGUCUGCAAGAUCCCCAGUGGAUGCAGCCUGAAGAUUUUCAACAACCAGGAGUUUGCUCAGCUUCUGGCCCAGUCGGUCAACCACGGCUUUGAGGCCGUCUAUGAGCUUACCAAGAUGUGUACCAUUAGGAUGAGCUUUGUCAAGGGCUGGGGAGCUGAAUAUCACCGACAGGACGUCACCAGCACCCCCUGCUGGAUCGAGGUGCACCUGCAUGGGCCGCUCCAGUGGCUGGACAAGGUGCUAACACAAAUGGGUUCGCCUCUCAACCCAAUCUCCUCUGUGUCCUAAUGAUGGACUUAUGGGAGCUUGGGGGAGCCUUUCUACUUUUUUUUUUUUUUUUUUUUUUUUACUUUCCUGUUCUCCCCCCUCAGUGAUUUAUAAUUUAAGGUGGUCUUAAUGGCUGAACUGUUUACACUUAACUUUGGGAAGGGAUAUUAAACUCUGGCUGGAAAUUCAACAACAGCUACAGCCGGAAUGAGUUGUUGAAACAGAGUUACGUUACAAGCAGAUGCCUGGAGAAAGAGAGGAAUAAGGAAUGCCCAAGGAGCAGUAACAACAUGGACACACUACUGUUUGACAAUGCUACAACACCUGCAAGAAUUGAGGGCUCCAUUGUCAAGCUUGAAUUUGUCAAAUGUUAAUUUUUGCAUCAAGUUUUUAUUGUUUUUCUCAAAUGUUUUUAUUUCUCUGUAUGUGUAGUUUUUAAUGUAGCAGAACUGUUUCACUACUCUGCCUUAUGUCCGACAGACAAAAUUGGAAUUUUACCGAACACUUUUCUUACAUUGUUGUCUCAACGUCAGAUAUUUACAAUUAAGAUAUAGACACAACUAUGUUUACCAUUAGGCUCAGAUAUAACAAAUGCUUUCUUUUUAUAGUCUCUACUGCUAGAAAUGAACACUGAGCUACUGCCUUAUAAGAAGGUCAUGUAUGCCAACCUGAUAGUUUUUGAUAUGGGAGAUCAAUCACUGAAAAAGUAUAACAUGCCAUAAGCUAACAACAUUGUGAAUGUUACAUCUAUUGCAAUAGAAGUAGUCAUUUAUGAUAUAAUCAGACAAUGGACAUCAUCAUUAUUGAUUCUUGUUUGUACUCGCGAGUUCAAGUAAGAGUGACUGUAUUUUCCAUACUCACCGUAUUAACAAUAUUGUGCACUCAUGGAUUUUGUGGAGGCAUAUUAAAUUUUGGCGUGGGUACCAAGGCAUUAUGUUGUUAGAUAAUUGACUUCAUUAGCUCAAUGAAAUAAACAGGUUAUUUGGUAA